AUGAGUGGUCCAAGCAUCGACAAUGCCAGUGUGAACUCCAACAGUCUGUUGCCGGCGGCUAAAGUAGGAGCCCUGAGUGGCGUGGCAGGACUAGUAUAUGGGGGCGCUGCUGGAGUAAUCCGAUCACCCAAUCCAGUAGUACACUCCCUGUCCUGUGGCAUCCACUGGUCUAUAUGUGGCUCGGCUUUUUGGUUGAUUCGAAGCAACAUCAUCAAGCUUCAUUUCCAGGACCAAGUCUCUCCCAAUGAGCGAGUGUAUGUGAGCGCUCUCUCUGGGGGCAUUUCCGGCGGAGCCGUAACACGGCUCAUGGGAGGUCGAUUGGUGCCUGGCACCAUUAUUUUCUCACUGCUUGGCUACUGUGGCCAGAGUAUCUUUAACCGGAUCGACACCUGGCAGAUGGAAAAUGCUCAGAACCCAUCGAAACCGCUGGCACAGCGCAUGGCAGAUUCGAAAUGGAUCCCUCUUCGGCACUUGUCUGAUGAAGACUAUCGGGGUAUCUUGAGUGAAAAACUACUCAGUAUCGAGGCCGAGAUUGCUCUCCUUGACGAGAAGAUCGAAGAUCUGGAGAAGUCUCGACCGCCACCUGUGUCUCCCUCUCAAUGA